UGAGAACUAUGAGUGGGAUAGAAAAUAAUUACCUACAACCAUAAGCUUCAUGUCGUAGGGGAUGAUCGGGUCCACAUUCCUUGUCGGGGUCUACCUUCGGCGCAAUCCAUGGUAAAUGCUCCCAAGUCCAAAAUUGGACGAUGAACAUGGUCCCAUCAAUCUCCUUCACCGCUCUGGCACUAGCAUUACAGAAGGAGCGAUAGAGAUAAGCUAGGCAAGCAGAUGCCUAGCUCAGGUUUCCCAUAUCAUCCUAAUCUCCAAGUAUGAUCUUCAACCAUGAAUUGCUGAUUAAAUUGUUGGAUUUCUUGGGGAAGAAAACUCCUCCGAUCAUGCCGAGGAUGUAGAUACGUGCAUAAAUGUCUUUAUCACGCUCCGAACUUUCCUCUGUGAGGGGAAUGCCUCCUACCUCAGGGUUGUGCUUACGCCUGAUGAUAACGAUGUAUUUGCACAUGUUUGCACCCUUAGUUCUUAUCCGUUUGCGGCUAGUAGUCGUGUAUUUUUGGCCCAUUUUACGCUGGGUUGUGCUACUUUGUCAUAUUUCAGAUCCCAUGCGUCAAAGGAAAUUCUAAGCAUGAGAUUCGGGGCGUUUGGAGGUCAUUCGGUCGAGCUGGGGGCAAAACACGGGCAGGAGGCCUGAAGAACACGACCGUGUACACAAACGAGCACGCCAGUGUUCUUAUGUGCGAAAGUUAAACUGAUGGAAAAGCAAAACAUGGGCUGGCCUAAAGAAGAACGCGGUCAUGUUCCACGCCGUGUUAUUUAUGCCGAGGCUUGAUUGAAGGGAGAUGCUGUGAUGUCCAAAACACGGGCGGAAGUUAAGCAAAGCACGGUCGUGUCCAUCUUUAGGCACGACCGUGUUUUGGCCGACGUGGGCGUGUUUUUAACACAUGGCGAGGGCACAGAUGGGAAAAAGCAAAACACGGCCGUGUCCUCGACCGUGUUUUGCCUAGAAUCGGGGUUUUGAGGCAGAUUCAAGCCUAAGGAAAGGGAGAGCUGGGUUUUGGUUCCCAGACACCCAAGGGACGAACCCUAGAGAGAGAGCAACUUGGGAACAUUCUUGGAGCUAUUUUAAAGGAUUUUUUCGCCAUUAGAGCUCGAGAAUCAAGCUUGGAGAUGGAGAUUGAAGAUCUAGAUCAGAUUGAGGCAUGAUUUAUUAAGUCAAUUGAAUCUUGAUUUCUGCUUUAACUUAUGAUAGAUAGAAUCUGAUUAGGUUAAGAGAGCUUCCUUGAUUGAUAGUGGUGAAUUGGUUGUGCGAGAGUCAAUCAAUUCACUGCUUUGUACUGGAAUUCAUUCUAGUAAUGGAGAUCUGUGUGAAUCACCUUAGCAGUCUAUCCCGGUGAAGGCUAGUCGCCUGCCGGGUAUUCUGUCUAAGAGGGCUUGGUCAGCUUAAGAGAUUCCAAGCUAAUUUAGGAUCUUCCGCAGUUUAAUCAACAGUAGAUUAACCAAAGGUAAUUGCAACUUGGACCUAAUUGAGGAGCUAGGGGGAAUCAUACCUAAGUGAGUUUCCAACUUGUAAUUAGUAGAGUAGUUAGUAGAGUAGUUUAGUAAAUCAAUACUAAAUCUAGUUUGCUAGAUAAUGAACUGAAGCUGAGUAAUAGUAACUCUAGAGACCCGUGGAUUCGAUAUUUAUUACUUGUGCCACUAUACUGCAGUCCCUUUCAUUGGUUACACUUGGCCAUUGUUAGGUGUUGUGCCGUAGCGUGUCAAGUUUUUGGCGCCGUUACUGGGAACUUUCUAGAUUAUUAGGAAAUGUAGAAGUUUGUUACUUUAGCGUUUUUUUUUACCCUUGCUUUUCACUUGGUUGUUUUCGUUUUUGUAGGUGUAGAUUUGAAUCAUGGAUCCUAAUGGCUUCUCCAACCAGUGGGGGUAUCCACCACCAUCUGAGUGGUAUUACCCCGAGACUUCCUAGAGCAAUCAAGGAGGAGAAGACUAUGGAUUCGGGUUCCAGUACCAACCCCCUUACUACGGAGAACAAUUAGACCCCUGGUAAUAUCAAGAACAACCUCCUUAUCAAGAAGAAUUCCUCCCACAACCAGAAGGGCCAUCAGAUCUUGAUUUUGCCACAGCCCUCAUGGGCCAUCCGGCAGAGCCAUGCUACACUCCACUGCCAGAUCCAAAUUAUCACUUGAGGCUUCUCGUGGAGCAGAUUGCUCGAGUACCUGAGAGAUCCUUUCCCGAGAUGGAUCCUCAAAUCCGGGCCAUUGCCCAAAUUGACUUCUCCUUUCCCCGUGAAACAAAGUAUAACCUUCGGAGCAUAAAGAAGCACAUAGAGGUCAUUGAGAAUGCUUGUUCACAGUUUUCUCAAGACAACCUUUAUGCUGCCAUACAAGUAGAGGAGGAGGAAGAAGAAGGCAAUCAUGAGGAUGUUGAGGAGCAUACAAAAGUUUUCACGGAAAGCUCCCAUGAUAAUCAUGAUCAAGUGUAUCCUCUAAUGGUAGAUCACAACUUUCCCCAUUACCGCUCUGGCAUGCUGGGCCCGAGCGAGGAGAUGCAAGCUGAACUUAUUGAGAACCUUGCAUGGCGACUUGCUAUCCAAUCCGUUAUGGAAGAAGAAGAGAGAGAACGAGUGAGGAAAGAAGUUAUGGAGGAUGAGGAAGAAAGCAAAGAAGAGAUAGUUCUUGAUCUUUUCCAAGGAGAGAGACCACAUUUUGAAGAAGGAAGGGGGGUUGAAGAAGAGAGUGGUGCCCAGGCUGAGGAUGAAGUUGAGGUGGAAGAGGCUUGCACCGGCCCUAUAAUACAAGUAAUAUCCCCACCAAACUUCGAGGAACUGCUUAGCAAGGACCCAUUUGCAAUGUCUCUUUGCCAGACCAAGGCCACAUCGAAAUUAGUCCCUCUUGGUGGACGCGAUGGUGGUCAGUCGAUACGGUUAUAUUUGGUUUGGGGCAAUGAGACAAGAGAAGAAACGAAGAAGAGGUCUCGAGGGUGGAGACUUCAGUUGCAUCAAGUGAAUGAGCCUUCAUCACCUGCCACUCCACCUGCUCGUGACUUGAGACUCCACCUCAUAGAUGAGAACCUCAACUUCAAAGAGGUUCUAGCAUGGAACGAAACUUAGGAGCUACCGUCCGGCUCACGACGUAAAAGAAGCACUUGUUGGGAGGCAACCCAACUAGUCGGAUUGCAUUUCUUUCUUUAUUUAUCCUCGGUUGAAUCAGUUUUGUUCUUUGAUUUUAGAGUCAAUAACUCAACCUUUGUGAGAUUUGUGGGGUGUUUGUGUUCCGACUAUGCUCUCCUCCUACAAUGUACUGCAUGCCCCGCCCACCAUCAUUCACCCUUGAUCUGGUAACUUCGUUCUACCCUCCUUGUCUUUCCUCCAUUGAGGACAAUGUUGUUCUUAAGUGUGGGAGGAUGUUCAAUUAUGUAUGCGUGUGAAUGUUUGGCUGUAUGUGUGUGCUUGGAGCCUAGUCCACUGUCCAAAUUUUGAUUUGAGGGCUCCAAGCACGUGUUCCUUGCAAUUUCCUGCUCAGUAUGCUUUGAAUUGACAGUCUUUAUAGUAAUAUGCAACCUAGGGAGGUAGUGCAGCACUAUGGAGGAUGUUGAUGCAUUUAAGAAGUCUCAUUUCUUCUUCAUAUUGUGUUGGUUGACUGUGUUAAUUAGUGAUCUUAGGACCCUUGAAUUGUGUGGUAUUGUGGACUCUUUACCUGUCAUGGACUCCUGUAUCAUGUUUUGAAAUAAUAGGUGCUAAAAAAUUUGCUUUAAAAUAACGUCUCACGUGCGGAAAGGGCGAAAGUGUGUAAGGGGAGACGGGAAUCCGUUCCCAAUUUCCACCUACUACCUCCAGCCCCCCUUACAUUUCUUUCUCCCGCACGAGGCUCGAGACAUCAGAUCCCGGCAUUGCCUGUAAGAGCAUGGCUCCCUCAAAACCUUUGCUAGGUGGGAGCCCCGUUUUCUGAAAUAACAGGUUGGGACCCUUGAAAAAAAAAGAAAAUAAAAAAAAACAACAAAACAAAGAAAAAAAUGAAAAAAGGUUCCAACCAUCUUCAAGAAGAAAACAUAGCACCUCAAAAAUGUGAGUCCAUGAUCUUUCUGAUUUAGAGAGUCCCUUCGUCCACGAUUCAUUUGUUCUCUAAUCACUAUUUGCCAUAAUGCCGACUCGAGACUAGCGUUCUCGCCGAAGAAGCUAGGAGAUGACUUGUGCGUCGGUUGACCUCGUAAGCUGCUAAAUGAUCUAGGAAAUCCUCUACCGACGAUCGAGGGUGCUUUUUGCUAUAGAGGUCUGGAGAGUUGCAUUGGUUUGAGUAAGGUUUGCUUGGGGACAAGCAAACGGUUAAGUGUAGGGGAAUUUGAUAACGAUGUAUUUGCACAUGUUUGCACCCUUAGUUCUUAUCCAUUUGCGGCUAGUAGUCGUGUAUUUUUGGCCCAUUUUACGUUGGGUUGUGCUAUUUUGUCAUAUUUCAGAUCCCAAGCGUCGAAGGAAAUGCUAAGCAUGAGAUUCGGGGCGUUUGGAGGUCAUAAGGUCGAGCUGGGGGCAAAACACGGGCAGGUGGCCGGAAGAACACGACCGUGUACACAAACGAGCACGGCAGUGUUCUUAUGUGCGUGAGCUGAACUGAUGGAAAAGCAAAACACGGACUGGCCUAAAGAAGAACACGACCAUGUUCCAGGUCGUGUUAUUUAUGUCAAGGCUUGAUUGAAGGGAGAUGUUGUGAUGUCCAAAACACGGGCGGAAGUGAAGCAAAGCACGGCCGUGUCCAUCUUUACGCACGACCGUGUUUUGGCCGACGCGGGCGUGUUUUUAACACGUGGCGAGGGCACGGACGGGCAAAAGCAAAACACGGCCGUGUGUUGCCCAGAAUCAGGUUUAUGAGGCAUAUUCAAGUCAAAGGAAAGGGAGAGCUGGGUUUUGGUUCCCAAACACCCAAGGGAUGAACCCUAGAGAGUGAGCAACUUGGGAACACUCUUGGAGCUAUUUUGGAGGAUUUCUUCGCCAUUGGAGCUCGAGAAUCAAGCUUGGAGAUGGAG